UAGUGCGCAACUGAAAUUAAAGACACCAUACAUACUGUUCUGAUCGAGAAAUGGGGGAGAGUAGCGUAAGGGUUUGUGUUCUGGGCGGUGCUGGUUAUGUGGGUUCUUCAUUGGUGAAGAAGCUUGUAGAGGAAGGCUACACUGUUCAUGCAACCCUCAGGAACUUGAGUGAGGAGUCGAAGGUGGGGUUGCUUAAGAGUUUCGCCGUGGGUGCAGAGGAGAGAUUGAAGUUGUUCGAAGCUGAUCUUUUCGUGAGUAAAGCAGAAAAGGUUGAAGAGGCAAUCCGUGGGUGUGAAUUUGUGUUCCUGGUGGCGUCGCCGUUGCCGCAUGGUGAAAGGUUGAGUGUGGAUGCAAUAGUGGAGGCAGGAAAGAAGAUCACAAAUGCUUGCAUUAGAUGCGGAGGCGUGCGGCGGCUCAUCUUCACCGCCUCCAUCUCUUCUGCUUCGCCGUUGGAAGAAGACGGUGGUUACAAGGGCGUCCUAGACGAAACAUGCUGGACUCCUCUGCCUCUUUCUGUCUCUCAUCCCAGUGAUCCUAGCGCAAUGGAUUACAUAGUAAGCAAGACACUGGCAGAGAAAGGAGUGUUGGAAAGUAAUGAUGAUGGAUUAGAAGUGGUGAGCUUAGGAUUGGGGGUUGUGGGAGGAGAUACGUGUUUAUGGUACUGUCCGCUGUCUACGUCGCUGCUCUUCUCACAACUCACCGGCGACAAGGUGACACGAGAGGCACUCAAAUUUAUAGAGGAUUUGAUGGGGAAAAUUCCCAUUGUACACAUUGAGGAUGUAUGCGAUGCUCAUAUCUUCGCCAUCAAAGCCGCCGCAAAUAUGUCUGGCCGUUUCCUUCUUGCCAAUUCUUACCUUUCCAUUGGAGAAAUCGCUACCUAUUUGCGACACAAUUAUCCUCAAUUUCAUGUCAACCAACACCAAGAUUACGUGGUGGAUGAUCCUAAGCGACAAAUAGUGUUGAAUUACGAAAAGCUUCUUCACAAGGGUUUCACAUACAAAAAAUCUUCCAAUGAUGCAAUACAUGAUUCUAUUACCUGCGGGAAGAGAUUUGGACAUCUCUAAGCAGCCAAACCAAAACAUACCUAUAUAUAAAGCGUCCGACUAUAUUUAAAGAUAUAUGUUAUUUUAAAACAAUACUAGUACUUAUUUGUGUGUA